GACGCCUCCUCAGUGGAACUGACUUGCAAUAGAGCCUUCACACUGCUGCACAACUGUGGCUUCUGUGGACAUAUUAUUAACUGGUGGCUUUUAGCUCCCAGUCUCCCAGAGUUGCCAAAGCGGUUACAAGUCAUUUGGAAAGCUUUUUAGCCGAAUCUCUCUGAUCCAGAAGGCCAGCUGGCUUCUGCUGAGGUACUUUCGAAAUUUGCAGCGACCACAGAUCCCAGUCCAGGUGCAUGGGGAAGACGCUAAGAGUAUAAACCCAAACAUUGAACCUGAAGACCCAGCGCAAAGCAGAAACUGAAAGUACCCUGCCUACUCUGCCGGCAGAGUCUACGGAAGUUAUGGCAAAGCCAGAGCGCCUGGCCAGCCAGUGAUGCAUGCGGCCCCUCCUGGGAUGGAUGGACUAGGCGCCGCGUGGAUGAGAGGAGCCAGCUGCCGGGACUGCCCUGCCCAGCACCGGCGUGCGGCCACUCGGCGGAUGACCGGGGUCCCGGGCGUCAUUAUGGGUGGUGAGAGCUCGCUCCUGCUGCAGUCCCAAUCAUCAUGACUACAUCCACCUCCCGCAGACCAUGUUCCAUGUUUCUUUUAGAUAUAUCUUUGGAAUUCCUCCCCUGAUCCUUGUUCUGUUGCCUGUCACAUCAUCUGACUGCCACAUUAAAGAUAAAGAAGGUAAAGCAUAUGAGAGUGUGCUGAUGAUCAGCAUCGAUGAAUUGGACAAAAUGACAGGAACUGGAAACAAUUGCCCAAAUAAUGAACCAAACUUUUUUAAAAAACAUCCAUGUGAUGAUACAAAGGAAGCUGCUUUUCUAAAUCGUGCUGCUCGUAAAUUGAAGCAAUUUCUGAAAAUGAAUAUCAGUGAAGAGUUCAAUAUCCACUUACUAACAGUUUCCCAAGGCACACAAACACUGGUGAACUGCACAAGCAAGGAAGAAAAGAAUUUAAAGGAACAGAAAAAGAAUGACCCAUGUUUCCUAAAGAGACUACUGAGAGAGAUAAAAACUUGUUGGAAUAAAAUUUUGAAGGGCAGUAUAUAAACAUAGGACAUGCAAUUGCAGUCUCCAAAAA